CGGGUGCCGGCGGACACUUCCGGUGGGGACAUGUGUGGGGAACGAGAGAGAAGCACGUUUGGGUGAAACCUGAGCUCGUGUUUUUCCUCGGUGACAGAUUGCGAAUUUUCGGUAAUGGGAAGAUUACGUAAAAGGCACAACUGGAAGGCACGACUUCAGCAAAGUACGGUGGCAACCAAGUCAGAGCAACCCAGUGAUUGCGUCAAGGUUGAGAUUGAUCUGGAAGGUGGAGUUACGUUAAAAGGAAUAGAUGAAAGUAACGCACUGGUUCUACCAGCGAAAAGAGCCAAAAGAAAGCAGGAGAACAAGGAAGUUAGGGCAUCAAAGAAACCCCUGACCAAAAAACAAAGGAAACAGCUGGAGAAAAUUUUGGAGCAGAAGAAAAAGAAAGCUCAGAGGAAAGAUAUUCUGAGUAAAUUGGCAGAAUGUCAAGUCCCGGAGUCCGAGAUGAAGCUUUUAUACACCACCUCAAAAAUUGGCAUCGGUGAACGCUUGUACCAGACUAAACUGUUGGAACCUGAAGUUGAAAGUGAGUGCCGAAUCAGCAGUGUCAGUGGGGCGAACAGGAAAAGAUUCAGAAGAAACUCUGAGGAUGUGGAGCAAGCACCAGAGUCUGAAACCAGCACAUCUACAGACAGUUCAGAUACUGAAGAGGAACAAAUGGAUGAUGUUGAAAGUGAAGAAAGAGACACCACUCGGCCAAAUACAAAUGAGAAGAAUGUCAGCAAUGAACAAAUUCAAAACUCAAGCACUUCAGAAGCACUGACAAAGAAGCCAUUGGUGAAGAAGGAAACUAGUCAAAACUCAAUGAAGCAGCCUUCCUCAGAGCCAGCUAUUUUCAUUCCAGUGAACAGGAUCCCAAAGAUUCAGGAAGCUCGCCUCAAGUUACCAAUUCUAGCAGAAGAACAAGUUGUAAUGGAGGCCAUUAAAGAUAACCCAAUUGUAAUUGUGUGUGGUGAGACAGGCAGUGGUAAAACGACACAAGUCCCCCAGUUCCUCUAUGAAGCUGGAUAUGCCAGUGGUGAUGGAAUCAUUGGCAUCACAGAGCCCAGGCGGGUAGCAGCUAUAAGCAUGUCCCAACGAGUUGCCAAAGAAAUGAAUCUCUCACAAAGGGUGGUUUCAUAUCAAAUACGAUAUGAAGGAAACACAACUGAAGACACGAAAAUAAAGUUUAUGACAGAUGGUGUCCUUCUAAAAGAAGUCCAGAGGGAUUUCUUGCUCACAAAAUAUAAAGUGAUCAUUAUUGAUGAAGCUCACGAGCGGAGUGUGUACACAGACAUCCUGAUUGGUCUGCUCUCUCGUAUUGUUCCACUUCGAGAAAAGAAAAGACAGCCAAUGAAACUGAUUGUAAUGUCAGCCACUCUGCGUGUGGAGGAUUUCACAGAAAACAAAAGACUGUUUCCAACCUCUCCCCCUGUUGUUAAGGUGGAUGCCAGGCAGUUUCCUGUCACAGUUCACUUCAACAAGCGGACUCCAGUUGAUGACUAUGCAGGGGAGGCUUUUAGGAAAGUUAACAAGAUCCAUAGAAUGUUACCUCCAGGAGGAAUCUUGGUGUUUCUGACAGGGCAGGCCGAAGUGCAUUCUCUGUGCAGAAGGCUGAGAAGAGCUUUCCCGUACAAGCGUGGCAGUGCUUUACAAGAAGCUGAUCCUGAUAAUGAUGAUUCAGUUGAAGCGAUAAAGAAGUUUAAAAAGGCCAAAUCCAAACCAAAUUUGCCAAAGAUCAAUCUUGAUAAUUACUCUGCAAUGCCAGUGGAUGAGGGGAAUGAAGAUCGAGAGGCGGGGAUUGGCGAUGAAGAUGAAGUUGGCUCUGAUCUUGAUCUGGAUUUAGGGGAUGUUGAUGAUCCUGAAGAAGCUGAGAAGUCGGAUCCUUCUAUUCCGCUUUAUGUUCUUCCACUCUACUCAUUGCUGGCAGCGGAUAAACAAGCAAAGGUAUUCCUUCCAACUCCAAAUGGCACAAGAUUGUGUGUGUUGGCAACCAACGUAGCUGAAACCUCUCUCACCAUCCCAAACAUUAAAUAUGUGGUGGAUUGCGGAAAGGUGAAAAAACGCUUUUAUGAUAAGGUUACAGGAGUGUCGUCAUUCAAAAUUACUUGGAUCUCCCAAGCUUCAUCUAAUCAAAGAGCGGGUCGUGCUGGUCGAACAGACCCAGGUCACUGUUACAGGCUGUAUUCCUCAGCAGUUUUUGCUGACUUUGAGAAAUUCUCUGCAGCUGAGAUUACAAGGCGGCCUGUUGACGAUCUCGUUCUGCAGAUGAAAGACUUGAACAUUGAAAAGGUGAUCAAUUUUCCAUUCCCAACACCUCCGUCGACAGAGUCCCUAAUAGCUGCUGAGGAAUUGCUCGUUUCUCUUGGAGCUUUGGAGGAACCACCAAAGCAUGGGAGGUUUAAGGAGUUGGAACGAGCAAAGCUGAGUUGUCCUAUCACGUCACUUGGUAGGGCAAUGGCAUCCUUCCCUGUAGCACCUCGAUAUGCCAAGAUGCUUGCCUUAAGCAAGCAACAUGACUGUAUGUCGUAUGUCAUCGUGAUCGUUGCUGCGAUGACUGUGCGAGAGUUGUUUGAGCAGUUCGACAGACCAGCCAUUAGUGAUGAAAAGACAGAAGAACUGAAAAAGAAGAAAGCCAGAAUCUCUCAAAUGCAGCGUGUUUGGGCUGGACAAGGUCCUUCCCUUAAACUCGGAGACAUCAUGGUCAUGCUUGGCGCUGUUGGUGCAUGUGAGUACUCAGGGUGCACUCCUGACUUCUGUUUUAAAAAUGGGCUGCGACACAAGGCGAUGGUUGAAAUCAGACGUUUACGAGGGCAGCUGACAAAUGUUGUAAAUGCUAUCUUCCCAGAAAUUGGAUUGUUUGUUGACCCCAAGAUGAAACCUCCAACAGAAACUCAGGUCCUGUACUUAAGGCAGAUUGUAAUGGCUGGUCUUGGAGAUCACAUUGCAAGGAAAGUCCAGUCGGAGGAUGUGUUAGAUGAAAAAUUGAGACAUGCCUACAAGACCCCUCUCCUUGAUGAACCGGUGUUUAUCCAUCCAAAUUCAGUGCUGUUCAAACAUCUUCCCGAGUUUGUGGUUUAUCAAGAGAUAGUGGAGACUUCCAAGAUGUACAUGCAAGGGCUGACUACGAUUGAACCAGAGUGGAUCCCUCUCCUCCUUCCGCAGUACAGUCACUAUGGCAAACCUCUGGAUACACCCCCUCCACGUUACUGCCCUGACACCGGUCAGAUUAAAUGUCACAGAGGAAGCACCUUUUUCCGAGUUGGCUGGCAACUUCCUGCAGUCGAAGUCGACUACCCAGAGGGACUGGACCGAUACAAGCACUUUGCCAAGUUUUUGUUGGAAGGAACGGUCUUUAAAAAGUUUGCUUCACACUCCAAUUGUCUACUUUCCAGUCCAUCAACUAUGUUGAAGUCCUGGGCCAAGCUCCAGCCGAGGACAGAUGCACUGCUGAGGGUUCUGGUGUCUGAGAAGGUGGACAACCGUGAAGCGCUGCUCACUGCCUGGAAGAAAGAUGGCCAAUACCUAUUAUCAGCUUAUUGUCAAUGGCUUCCUGAGGCAGUGCACGCAAAUGUUUCUCUUCACUGGCCUCCAACGUAACCCCAACAUGCAGUGUUAGCUUCCAACUGAUGGACACUGUUUCCAUCUACUCUUGACCCACUUUGGUGGAAUUAUAUUUGUAUGUAGUUCCAUUCAAGAUUUAAUGAUUUUAAAGAAAGAAUGAACUCUUCUUUGUUCUUUCUUGAAGAAAGAAUAAAAUUAAGCUCAAAAGAGUGAAGAUAUAAAAUAAUGCUUGAACAGGUCAAAGACUGGAAAGUGUUAACAUGGACAUUUAUUUGAGAAGAAAACCAACUUGGAUAUUUUGGUUUAACACGAGACUCCAGAUGCUGAUUCAUACCAGAGAUAGAGAUAAAAUGCUGGAGCAACUCGGACUGAAAGGGUUCCAACCCAAACUGUCGCCUUUCCAGGGACGCUGCUGAUCCGCUGAGUUAUUACAGCAUUUUGUGUCUAGUUUAGAUAUUUUGGUUGUUUCAGAUUGAAGCUAUCCAUUUUGCAGCUGAAUCCUUGUAUCGAGGUAACGUGAUACCUACUUCAAAGGAGCUUUAUUUGACUUCUUGUAUUCCCUAUUUUGCUACACUAACAUAAAACAUAAAUGCUGCUUGUAGCAUUUUUUAAAUCUGUAAUCUUACUGAAGAAGUAAGAGUACUUUAUGUGCAGUGCAGUUGACUUGUAAGUUGAGAUGUUGGUCUUUAUAAGAUCAGGAUGGGGGAUGAAAUGAUCAUGUGUUCCAGUACAAGGUCUACAAAACACCAUUAAAAUAUAUAUAAAUAUGUUGAAACGGAUGAGUUCAUUCUUCUUGGGUAGUUGCAAUUUUACAAAUAAAAUUAUACUGUGCAUAA